UCGGCCGGUUUCUCCAGUUGUCGACCCCAUGCCUCGACCCCAAUCCAUCGACAUUCUUCAUUUGACCAUGUUGGAUUCGGAAAACACACGAAUACUCGAAUCGGAUGUUUGUGAGGCGUUUGAAAGCUUGUCCGAGUCUUGCCGGCGCAGGUCGAGCACACCAGACUAUGACGAUCGCAAGCCAAAGAUCUCAACCAAACAAAUCAAUGUCUUGAAAUCUCUUCUGAUCAAGAUGCGAACGACAUUGCUACCUUCCCUGCGACAACGUAUGGCCGAUCUACUUGUAUUCCUAGACGCGUCCCAUUUCCCGAAAGAUCCGCAAGCAAACCUUCGGGCCACCCUUGAAAUCACAUCCCAACUCGCCGACAUCUUGGUGCAAAUCAGGGCCGCCGUUCGUGCGCUCACGCUUGCACGCCUCAGAGCAUUCGAAUACCGGGACGAUUUCCAUGGGAUCGCAAAAAUACACAGAACUGAGCCUUUUCUGGAGAAAGUUGAUGAUCUCAUCAACUUCAGCCUAUGUGCAGUAUUUGAGCGGCAUGUUGAGUUUGUUCAAGGCUGGAAUUGUCCAUCAGAGGAAAAACGAGCUGCGAGGUUCGACGAAAGAAGCGUGUCUGAAGAAACAACCAUCACAUUCGAACUCAUCGAUGAACUAAUUCGAUUGCUCACGAAAUCCGACUUUGGUAACAUGCAAGAUACCUGGCAAUUGACAGUGACUCGUCAAUAUGAUAUAGGCCUGGCAAACUUAAUCGAACACAUCAUCAUCCAAUCGGACCAAGCUCGCAAUCCAGCCAAAACAGAUCUAUCGGACAUCCACACCCCGACAAUCAAAAUUGGACCAGUUCAAACUGCACGCUCACGCGAAUUAACGCUCCUCCGGUCUGCACUCCCGUUUGUCAAACUCGGCCGGCUAUUUUUCAGCAAACUCUUGGUCACUCCAAUCAGUAGACCUCCAUUCACGAUCAAGGAUAUCAUAAGCUCAGUCGAACUUGGCAACUUGAAAAACAAAACUUACCUGUUUUCCGACCAGAUGUCGAAUUUUACCGAAAGAUUGAAUUAUUGA